GCGACGGUCCAUCUCCUAUCCAGACCAUGACGUUCAAUUUCUGGGACGAACGAUCAGCAAAUGCAAGUAACCUCUGGCUCAACUUCUUGAUCAGCGAUCGAGCAAUCCCAGCAAAGGGAGGCAUGUUCAAUAGGAAUCAUGUCAAGGAAGUGACUCUCAGGGGUUGUGAGGUGGGAGAUGCAUCAACCGAUUUCUGACGCCAUAUUGAGAUCCUUCGAGCAAAUUUCUCCAAACCCCAGAAUUUUCUACGAUUUACAAAGCUGGGGCGGAGGUCCAGCCUGGAGCUUGACUAAUUCCUCCUUGCUUUACAGCUUGAAAGCAGAUAUCGAAUGGGCAGAUGAAGCGAAUUACGAAGCGGUGGAUUUCGUGUUCGCUGCUCUGGCGAAUGCGACGGGGUUGAGGGAGUUGGAUUUGUAUCUUCAUCAUGAGGGGUGUGUUGUUGGUCGGGAUACGCCGCAAGCUUUCCCUUUUGCUGGGUAUCCUGAUGUGCGGUUUCAGCCGUUGGAGGUUCUGAGGUUGGAUGGGUAUAAGCUUGAUGAGAGUGAGGAUGGAGGGUGGGAAUGGAAACAGAGGGGGAGGGCGCCUUGGAAGGCGCCGAGUUGGUCGGAUUGGUUUCGUGAGAAGUGGUUUGAAUGGUCUCGGAAGAAGUGGUUCGGCGAGGUUGGAGAAAAUGAGGCGACAGAGUCGAACAAUAGACGAACGAAUCUGGAAGCUUGGUUGGAGGUCAUGGAUUGGAGUCAUCUGCAUACGUUGCAUUUGGCCUGGCCAUCGAAGGCUACUCUGAAUCACCUCCAAGGUCAAACUCUUCCUGCGCUGACGAACUUGUCACUAGCAAUCAGCGACUAUUUUGGGGAUGCAAAAGCACAGGAUAUCAUCCCGUUCUUGACGAACACCGCACAGCCUCUUCGUGGAGUGAUCAUCAAGUCCUCGCAAACUGAACUUGGUGAUCCUAUUCUCGAAACUUUCAUCGCGGCGCCGAAUCUGACGCAAGAGCUGCGCCAAUUUUCUUACCGUCAUGGCCCAGAACUUGAAGACAAAUCAUUUCUCAGCCAAGACCUAAUCUCAAAAUUCCUCCAUUCAACACCCAGCCUCGAGAGUCUGGACAUCGAACUUCCUCGAGAUGUGAAUACCUCAACGGACACAGGACUUUUCAGCAAUCUGAUAAACUCUCCUUCCUUGAAGAAAACCACCCUCCGUUUCCCGUCCCCGGAUCUGGACUACCAAACCAUGCGAUGGGAUGAUUCCGGGAGUCAACUUUCCAUGCAAUAUCAUGAAAUGAGGCGCAACUACUACACAUCGAACGGGACGGAUGAUGAAGCAGAUCCACUGUUUAACGAAGACACGGCACUUGCGAUGUUUAAGAAAAUGAGGGCUAGGAAGCGAGGAGCUGAGUUGAAGGAGUUGGAGUUGUAUGUUGGGGAUUGGGAGGAUAGGGAUUUUCGUGGGAUGAUGGGACGGGUUAUGGUAAGGGUGGCGUAUUGGGGGUGUUUUGUGGUAGAUGGGGCGGAGAGGUGUGAAGGAGGGCAGAUGAGGUUGCUUGAGUGAGGAGGGAGAGGCGAUUCUUGGUAGGUUUGCUGAGGGUGUGGGUUCUUAUGGCUGGGGUAUUGGCCAGCGAGGAGGACUUUUCUUUUCGAGCGAGUCAGAGAACUUCAACUUAAUUGUU